AUGGAGUUUGAGGCGGCGCCGCGGAAGCUCUGGGAGCAUCCGCAUCCCGAGCAAACGGCCAUGUGGCGCUUCAUGCAGGAGUCGAAUCGGCGCUACGGACUCCAUCUCAAGAACUUCCACGACCUCCACAAGUGGUCGUGUGAGCGCCGCAGCCAGUUCUACGCCCAGCUCUGGGACACGCAGCGAUGGAUCCACGAGGGCUCCUUCUCGUGUGUCGUCGACGAGUCGGUGCCCAUCUCCAAGCUCCCGCGCUGGUUCGCGGGCGUGCGGCUCAACUGGGCCGAGAAUCUGCUGUGGACGCGCGGGCCCGACGGCGCCGGCGCGCGCUCGACGCUGCACAAGGAGGACGGCAAGACGGCCGUGACCGAGGUGCGCGAGGGCGGCCGCGACGUCGUCGACGUGACGUGGGCCGAGCUGCGCGCCCGCGUCGCCCGUCUGGCCGCCGCCAUGCAGGCCCGCGGCGUGGGCGAGGGGGAUCGCGUCGUCAUGGUGGGAGCGCACGCUUGCCAGACCCUCGUCGUCUUUCUCGCCACGGCCUGGCUGGGUGCCGUCUUUAGCAGCUCCUCGACCGACAUGGGCGUUGCCGGCUUGCUGCAGAGGACGGUCCAGAUCGAUCCCAAGUUCAUAUUCUUUGACGAUGCCGCCUUGUACAACGGCAAGGUUGUCUAUCUGCACGACAAGAUCAAGGGCGUCAUCGACGGCAUGCAGGGCUGCUCUCUGUUCCAAAAGGUCGUCGUCGUUGAGCGCUUCGCACACGAGCCCCGCGACACGUCGGGCAUCGCCCAGACAGAGAGGCUUGAGCAGUUUCUACAGGCCGCGCCGGUCGGCUCGUCUCCGCCGCCCAUCCGGCGCAUCGGCUUCCAGGACCCCCUCAUCAUCUACUACUCGUCGGGCACGACGGGCACGCCCAAGGCCAUCGUCCACGGCGUCGGCCCGCUGCUUAUGAACGUGGUCAAGGAAGGGGCACUACACUUCGACCUCACGCCCGACGACGUCGGCCUGCAGUACACAACGACAGGCUGGAUCAUGUACCUGGCCAGCGUGGCGCACCUUGUCAUGGGCGGCCGCGCCGUCCUCUACGAUGGCUCGCCCUUUGCCCCCGACCCGGCCGUGCUGCUCCGCGUCGCCCAGCAGCAGCGCGUCUCCAUCCUCGGCGUCAGCCCGCGCUGGAUGACGGAGCUGAUGAGGCGCAACAUCGCGCCGCGCGACGUGGUCGACUUGUCGAGGCUCAAGGUAGUUACGAGCACGGGCAUGGUGCUGCCGGAGCAGAUGUUUGCCUGGUUCUACGACCGCGCCUUUCCCGGGCACGUUCAGCUGGCCAACAUGUCAGGCGGCACCGACAUCGCAGGCAGCUUCGUCUUGGCAAACCCGCUGUUGCCCGUCCACGUCGGCGGCUGCGUGGGCGGCGGUCUCGGCGUGCCCAUGGCCAUCUUCGACCACGACCUCGACGACGGCAGCGACGGCGUUCCGCUCGCGCCCGGCACGCCGGGAGACCUGGUCUCGACGGGCGCCUUCCCCAACGUGCCGCUCUUCCUGUGGGGCGACGCGGAGCCGGCGCCGGGGCCCAAGUAUCACGGCUCCUAUUUUGCGCGCUUCAACGAGGCCUGGGCGCAGGGCGACUUCUGCGCCGUGCACCCGCUGACGGGCGCGGUGCUCAUGCUCGGCCGGUCCGACGGCGUGCUCAACCCGAGCGGCAUCCGCUUCGGCAGCGCCGACAUCUACGCCGUCGUGGAGCGCUGCUUUGCCGCCGACGUGGCCGAGAGCCUGUGCGUGGGCCAGCGCAGGGCGCACGACGUCGACGAGAGGGUGCUGCUCUUCCUCGUCAUGAAGCCCGGCAAGGGCGAGGUGCUCGACCGGGACACGAGACACGUGCCCAAGUAUGUCUUUGCUGUGCCCGAGAUUCCGGUCACCGUCAACGGCAAAAAGGUCGAGCUCCCCGUCAAGGCCAUCGUCUCGGGAAAGACGGUCAAGCCGAGCGGGACGCUGCUCAACCCGGGGAGCCUCGACUUCUUCUACCGCUUCCAAAAGGUCGAGGAGCUGAGCGAGCCGCUGGCGAAGCUGUGA